AUGGGGUCGGAUAUACAGGAACUAAUCGACGCCUGUAGAAUUUGUCAGAUACAUCAACGAGACAACGUGAAACAGACUAUCGUUCCAAAAGAAACUCCAAGUUUGCCGUUCCAGCGAGUUGCUUCAGAUCUAUUCCACUUUAAAGGUAAAGACUAUAUUUUAAUCGUGAAUAGCUAUUCGGGUUUCUUUGACUUUAAAGAGCUGUCAGAGUUGUCUUCGCAAAUCAUGAUAGCGAAACUCAAGGAAUGGUAUGCAGUUCAUGGUGUUCCACGUGUAUUGGAGUCGGAUAAUGGACCGCAGUACUCGUCCGGAGAAUUCCAAAAGUUCGCGAAGAACUGGGACUUUGACCAUAACACGUCAAGUCCGUGUUUUUCUCGUGCCAACGGACUAGCUGAACGCUACGUUCAAACGGCCAAGACGAUCCUCAAGAAAUGUGCCGAAGAUGAGUCAGACGUGCAGCUUGCACUGUUACACGCCAGAAAUACGCCAAGAUCUUUCGGGUUACCUGCACCCAGUGAAAGGCUCAUGGGAAAACUUCUUCGUACAAACCUGCCCACUACAGACGAGAACUUUCAGCCUAAGGUAAUUUCCGGAGUUCCGGAAGCAUUGUACGAACAAUGGAAGUUACAGAAACAGUACGCUGAUAGAGGAGCUUUGGAACCGAAUAUCUAUCAACCUGGAGAACCAGUUUUGCUUCAGCACCAACAUACUAAAACCUGGAGACCAGUAACAGUGAUGCAAUGCGUCGACGGGAGAAGAUAA